AGUAGCAUUGCAGGUGACAGGGGAGUCAGUAGCACAGCAGUAAAGGAGAGAGGCUUCUACAAUACACCUGUCCUCUGGUCACCUCUGCAGCUCAGAACAGACAAAAUGACACAGGAUUAUUUUGGGUUCUCCUUAGUUAGAAGUGUGCCUAAUAAUGGCACAGUGGCAGUCAACAACCCGGCGGAUAUCUCCGUGAUUGUAGUAUACUUUGUGGUUGUCCUGGCAGUCGGAGUAUGGGCUAUGGUGAGCACAAACCGAGCCACCGUAGGUGGAUUCUUCCUGGCAGGAAGAAGCAUGGUGUGGUGGCCAAUUGGGGCAUCCCUCUUUGCGAGCAACAUUGGCAGUGGGCAUUUUGUUGGCAUCGCAGGGACUGCGGCUGCAGGUGGACUUGCCAUUGGCGGAUUCGAAUGGAAUGCCCUUGUGGUGGUGAUCAUUCUUGGAUGGCUCUUUGUACCCAUUUACAUCAAAGCUGGGGUGGUGACCAUGCCAGAGUACUUGAGGAAGAGGUUCGGAGGCCAGCGCAUCCGCAUCUAUCUCUCAGUGCUCUCACUCUUCCUCUAUGUCUUCACUAAGAUCUCAGCAGAUAUGUUUUCUGGAGCCAUCUUUAUUAACCAGGCUCUGGGGCUGAAUAUCUACCUUGCUGUGAUUCUCCUGCUAAGUAUCACGGCUCUAUACACCGUCACAGGUGGACUGGCUGCAGUGAUCUACACAGACACAUUGCAGACCAUCAUCAUGGUCGUGGGAUCUUUCAUCCUCAUGGGUUAUGCCUUCAAUGAGGUGGGAGGUUAUGAGAACUUCCAGACGCGCUACAUGGAGGCCAUACCCACUCUGACAGGGGGCAACAUCAGUGAGAGCUGCUACACCCCUCGGCCUGACUCCUUCCACAUCUUCAGGGACGCGGUGACAGGGGACCUGCCCUGGCCAGGCCUGGUGUUUGGCCUCACUGUCCAGGCCACCUGGUACUGGUGCACCGAUCAGGUGAUUGUCCAGCGCUGUCUAUCUGCCAAGAAUCUUUCCCAUGUCAAGGCUGGCUGUAUCCUGUGUGGCUACCUGAAGCUGCUGCCCAUGUUCCUCAUGGUCUUCCCUGGCAUGAUCAGCCGAAUCCUCUACACAGACGAGGUGGCUUGCGUGGAACCAGAGGAGUGUCUGAGGUACUGUGGGGCCAGUGUUGGCUGCACCAACAUUGCUUAUCCCAAACUGGUGGUGGACCUCAUGCCAAAUGGUCUGCGAGGCCUGAUGCUGUCGGUGAUGAUGGCGUCUCUGAUGAGCUCCCUUACCUCCAUCUUCAACAGUGCCAGCACCCUGUUCACGAUGGACAUUUACACCAAGAUACGCAGCUCCUCCUCCGAGAAGGAACUCAUGAUCGCUGGGAGGGUGUUUAUCCUGGUUCUGAUCGGGGUGAGUAUAGCAUGGAUCCCUGUGGUCCAGUCUGCUCAGAGCGGCCAGCUCUUUGACUACAUCCAGUCAAUCACCAGCUACCUGACUCCGCCCAUCGCUGCCACCUUCAUGCUCGCCAUCUUCUGUAAGCGCGUCAAUGAGCCGGGUGUGUUCUAUGGCCUUGCGAUAGGCCUGGCUAUUGGCUUAACCAGGAUGAUCAGUGAGUUUGCCUAUGGGACAGGAAGCUGUGUGACCCCCACUAACUGUCCUGAGAUCAUCUGUGGGGUCCACUACCUCUACUUCUCCAUUAUUCUGUUCUGUAUCUCCUGCCUGCUGAUAGUCAGCAUCUCCCUCAUGACCAAACCCAUCGACGACAAACAUUUGCACCGCUUGUGCUGGCAGCUGAGGAACAGCACAGAGGAGAGGGUGGAUCUGGAGCUAGACAAUUGGAAAGAAGAUCAAGAACCUACCUAUGUGGAUAUUGAUGAUAGAGAGCCCACCGAGGAGCCAGGCUGUUGUAAGAAGGCAGUAUUGAGCUUCUGUGGCUUGGAGAAAUCGACUGCUCCCAAGCUGAGUGCUGAGGAGCAGGCUGAGCUGCAGAGGCAACUCACAGACACCUCAGAGAAACCCAUGUGGAGGAACGUGGUCAAUGCCAACGCCAUCAUCCUCCUGUGCGUCUGUGUUUUCUUGCACGGCUUCUACGGUUAAACAUCUCCUCAUACUGGAACCCCCCCCUGCCCUGGAGUCUGGACUGUCUAACCAUAAACUUGGGUAGUCUCCUCUUUCAACCCUGACAUCCCCCUGACUCACAGGCCCACAAUGCACUGUGAAUUGCCACCUCUCUUACACUCCCUCCCUCUAUCCAUCAUCUGUACAGGUCGCUCUUAACCUCUUAACUCUGUAAUCUCCACACCCCCGCAACGUGGUCAAUGCUACGAACACCUUACCUAGCUCCAUACCCGAACGGGCCUGGGCCCUCUAGCUGGGAGUCACAACGCUCCUUUGUCUGGUGUUCUUUGUUCUUUGCUUUGUGGACUUUAAAUGUAUGUACAUGUAUGUUGAAUGGGUAAUGAAGAUCAUGAGGAUGAUGAAGAGGAUAAUGAUGAUGAUGAUGAUGAUGAUGAUGAUGAUGAUGAUGAUGAUGAUGAUGAUGAUGAUACUGAUGAUGGUGCUGGUGAAGGAUCUGAAUAGAACUCGGUGUCCAAUGGUAUCCAAUGUUCACUGAACUUUCUGCCCUUCAUGAAGUUACUAUGGUUUGGUAUAUUAACACCAGGUGGGGCUGCAGUAGGAAUAAACCUGCAUAAUUUAAGAUUUGAAAGAGUAUCAUUACCAAGAUAACACUGUACAGCCAGUGGAUUUUUAAAGCAUUGACACAUCAAAUGUUGUUGGCAAUGAGAGGGAAAAGGCCAACACAACACAUAUACUAAUUGAACUCGUAUGACACGUAUCUGGUAGCUUUCUUUUACUGCAUUAAUAAAGUAUUCAACCUUA